AUGAUAUUCUUUCUUCUGAUGAAAAAAGGUAGAGUUGACAGGCCAAAUUGGUUGAUCAAUGGUUUUAGGCAAGCUGUCCAAGACGUCAGAUUGUUAGAUAUUUCUAUGGAAGGUUAUUCAUUCACUUGGUUCAAGAGUUUAGGAACUGACAGAGCUGUUGAAGAAAAAUUGGACAGAGCUAUGGCUAAUAUCGUCUGGGGUACGCUAUUUCCAAAUGCAAAACUGGAAUGUUUGACUGCUGCCUCGUCUGAUCAUUACCCCAUCCUUCUCUGUUGUGAAAAUAUUACGGCACAUAUGAUGCGUAAAAGAUUCAAGUUCGACGCAUGGCUAACUGAACCGGGCUUCAAGGAUUUUGUGUGUGGCCAAUGGAUCAAUAAUGAACAUGAAGACAUGAUUAAUAAGCUGGAUGCUUGUGGAUAA